AGGCCUAAAUCGAAUUUGCAUUUCCACUCCUUCGGUCGGAGCAAUUCCACGAAUGGGCUUCCGGAGAGCUGAUAUCACGGGCGCCGGUGUGUGCGGGCCACGCCGGCGACUGGGUGAAGCAUCGCGGCCGGCGUGUACUGAAAGAGCAUUCCCGCAAUCGCAUUUAAGACUUGCCAAAUGUCGAAUGACCUAUUCAGAAAACACUUUUCUUCGCACUCUCCGCCCAAAGCAUUUUUUUGAUACUCGUCCCAAAUAGAACUCGCCAAUCGACAACCAGGGCAAGAAAAUAGGAGGAGGAGGAGGAGUGAGUGUUGUCUCUGAUAGAUCGAUUUGAAAAAGGAACCAUGAAUCAGAUACUUGGCAAGUUGUGCGGCUAUUGGUUCUCAAAGAGAGCCAGCAAAGAGCUGUUCUCCGUCGGCGAUGAUAUCAAUUCUCUUUCAAAUGACAUUGAGGGAGGAGCAAAAUGGCUGGUCAAUAAACUUAAAGGGAAAAUGCAGAAACCUUUGGCAGAACUACUGCGAGAGUAUGACUUACCAGUGGGCAUAUUUCCAGGGGAUUCCACCAACUAUGAAUUCAAUGAAGAUACAAAGAGGCUAACUGUCUUGAUUCCCUCAGUUUGUGAGGUAGGUUACAAAGAUUCAUCUGUUCUGAGAUUUCUCACCUGUGUCAGUGGCUAUCUGGAGAAGGGGAAACUGUCGCAUAUUGAAGGUAUGAAGACUAAAGUUUUGAUUUGGAUGAAGGUCACAUCCAUCUCAACUGACAGAUCUAAGGUUUAUUUCAAUACUGGUGUGAAGAGAACUAGGAGCAGAGAUGCUUAUGAGGUACUCAGAGUUGGUAUCAGGGCAGAAAAAUUUUAAGAAUUUUAAAGCUUGCUGUAAAGUCACAAUAUACUAUAAACUUCAGACAGUAUAAGAGACCUGUAAAAGAAAUGUUUAAAUCAUUGAUUUCAAUGAACUAUCAGUUAGGUGUAGAGUGGCAAUGGAAAAUAUGCACAUUUAUAAGCUUGCUGACCACUCUCUACGACCUGAAAGUCAACUAACAGCUCUCAAGCUGUAAGAUUGUGUGAUUGUUGAUAUAUGUUUCUAACCAUAUAAAUAUAAACAAAAUCAAACUGAAAAAAGAGAAGAUUUUGAUGCCGUA